AUGGCAGAAGAGGACGCAACUGUGAAGGAGCCUCUCGAUCUCAUCAGAUUAAGUCUUGAUGAAAGAAUAUAUGUGAAGCUCAGAGGAGAUCGUGAGCUGCGCGGCCGUCUACAUGCGUAUGAUCAGCAUCUGAACAUGAUCUUAGGAGAGGUGGAGGAGACCAUCACUUCAAUUGAGAUUGAUGAUGAGACGUACGAGGAGAUCAUCAAGACGAACAAGAGGGCAGUUCCAUUUCUUUUUGUGCGAGGAGACGGCGUCAUACUGGUAUCACCACCUCUGCGGCAGUAG